CUGUGUUUCAGCUAUGUAGUGAGACAACAGAGUGUUUGAGUAAGGCCAGUGCCAUCAUCAAUGGCUUGAUUAACAAGGAGUGAAUGAAUAACACAAUCUGUGAUCCAGCCAUUGCUCAUUUCACCGAAAAGGAAUUAAAAAUGCUAAGGAAAAUAGAAAAGGAGCUAAAUGUCAUAAUUGAGAAGAAAGACCAAGACUCCAUCACACUGAAGGGCCUGACAGGAUUUGUUUACACUGCAGAGAGUCGUAUUCGGGACAUUAUCUGCAAAGUGGAAAGAAUUGAAAACCGAAAAAGGGUUGCAAUAUUAACCAGCAGUACAGUUGAGUGGCAAUAUCGAAGGGGUCGCAAAUUUAAAGCAUUUGAUCCUUUCACCAAUUGCGACUUGGAAGAAGCCUUCAACCUCCAAACGACUUCAGUGCAAAUCAAGAUUAACAGUGAAGUGUAUAAUGCAGACAUAGUUUACAAAGUGGCCACAAGAGGAAGAAAGCAAAUUGAACUAAAGAGAGUACAACUGAAAGCUUCUUUGCCUUUAAACUGGGAGGACAUGAAAGGACAGUCAGUUGUUCUUAUAGAACUCAAAGCAGACUCACAGGAAUUUACAGAAGUGGAAAAAGAGUUCAGAAAAACUAGCCUGUCCAGCAACAUCAUUAAAGUAAGUCUAUUACAUUUAUAUUUGACCCAAACAAGUAGUUUUGAAAGUUUCUAAUUUUGUGAUAAUGAUUGCUAAGGCAGAAUGUUUAUUCUUGUCUUCUGCACAGAUUGAAAGAGUCCAGAACUGCGCACUUUGGAGAAACUACAUGAUCAAAAAGGAGGAACUGGAAGACAAAAACAAGCACAAAAACAAUGAAAAGCAUCUCUUCCAUGGAACUGGCCCUCAUACGACCGAUCAGAUAAACAAUCAGGGCUUCAAUCGCAGCUUCGCUGGCAUGAAUGCUAUAUAGCUACCAUGUACCAUAAUCUUUUCUGAAUAAAAAGUGUUGUGUUUGUAUUUAGGAUUAACAGACUUUUUUUUUUUUUUUCUGUUUUUAGGAGCCAUGUAUGGGAAUGGUACAUAUUUUGCUGUGGACCCGAGUUACUCAGCAAAAGGCUAUUGUAAACCUGAUGCCAAAGGACAUAAACGCAUGUACCUCGCCAGGGUGCUUGUUGGUGACUUCACUCAAGGAAAAAAAGGCCUUCGUACUCCUCCAAAAAGGAGUUCAAAAGGUGUUCAUCUUUA